AUGUCACAGCACCUGCUGCUGCUGCUACCUUGGGGUGUCGGGGAAAGGGAUGCGCCUGACGUGGCCGUCCCCUCCUCCAGCGCCCUGCACGUGUUCGGGAGGAAGGUCGCGGGGGCAUCUGCCAUCAGGAAAGACAAAAUGGAGCCACGCAGGGGAAAGCAGCAUGGGGUGGGGGAAGGUGGCGCGUUCCCGGCGCAGGGAGAGGAAGAACAGGUGCUACUCCGAGGAAGACUGCCGCUGCUCCCCGGGCCCUGGCAGCCUGCCCCGUGGCAGAGCUGCGCGCGCCCCGGCCUCCUGGCAGCGGAGCCCGCGGCGGAACCACCACAGCGAAGCGUUCUGUCCCCUCGCAGCUGCUCUCCCGAAAACCACAGGUCCUCCAGGAGGCCGAGAUAAACCUACACGCAGCCUUGUCUUCCGGGAGAGGAGAAUGUCUGUUUCCCCACGCGAAAUGAUGUUUAAGAUCCCUGCCCGAGCCCCGAUCCCGCAGUUAAGCAUCAACCGGCCGGCUAACGGCAUUGUUCUUCCGCUUGGCAUUUGCAAGGCAUGGAUUUUUCUCCGUUCUCUCCUCUGCCAAGUCUGCCUCCUCUGAGGCUCUCUGGGAGAGUAUUUGUAACUCUGCAGAUCAGGUUAAGGAAGGAAAAAAAAAAAAAAAAAGACAAUUAAUUCUCCAAAGUAAUCAUGUGGUCUUUAAAAUAUUGUUAUGUAAAUCAAGCUAAGGUGUCUCUAAAUUCAUUAAGUGGGUUGGAGGGUUACUCGCCCUGAAAGGCCCCAGCGAAAUUGGCAGAGACGUUUUCACUACCUAGGUUGUGGUUGUUGACCUUUCCUUCCGUCUUGCUUACACUUUCCUACGGAGGCGGCAGGAACUCCGAGGGGCUUAUUGGAGUGGCAGAAGGAAAGCUCCCACUGAAAAUGCCUGUUAUGCACCUUCCGGGAACGGCCCUCCUCUUUCACCUCCUCCCAGCCCCAGCUGGAAUUCCCAAAUGUAGCCUAAACCAGUACCAUACCUGCUAGACAAAUUAUAUAAAUUAGAUAUCUCUAAGAGGGAGGAGAAUUUUGGAUGGGGAGCAAAUAAAGGAAAUGGAAGCUGCCAAAACAGUGAGUCUUGGUCAAAAUUUCACAGUCAUUUCUCAGGUCUGGAUUCGAGGAUCCAAACACAGGGGAAGUCAAGACAGAGUGUUGCCAUCCUAGCUACUUUUUGGAAAAGGGAAGCAUGUAAAGAUUGACUCCUUUUUCUAGCAUUCUUCAAAGAGCAGGAAAAGUGGGGCAGUAAGUAUUCAAAAGCAUCUGUUUCCUGCCUGAACCCUUCUGAGUACCAGAGGGGACCAGCAGAAGGACCUGCCAUGGUCGGUAAACAUGCAGGGAAGGCUGUGGCAUAGGAAGCCAGACCCGCAGCUGAGCCUCCCAAGAAUUAAGACAGGCAUUCAUUGAAAAACUGUGUUUGUGUUUCUUCCAGUACUGUUACUUUUUAAGGUAUAAUUUACAUACAAUAAAAGACAGAUUUUUAAGUAUACUGAUGUAUGGAUUUUGACAAGUAUGAUGGAACCCACCACCAAUCAAGAAACAGAACUUACGUUGGGCACAGUGGCUCACCUCUGUAAUCCCAGCACUUUGGGAGGCCGAGGCAGCAGAUCACCUGAGGUCAGGAGUUCAAGACCAGCCUAACAUAUAGUGAAACUCCAUCUCCACUAAAAAAAUACAAAAAUUAGCUGGGCAUGGCGGCACAUGCCUUGUAGUCCCAGCUGCUUGGGAAGCUGAGGUAGGAGAAUCACUUGAACGUGGGAGAUGGAGGUUGCAGUGAGCCACGAUUGCACCACCGCACUCUGGCCUGGGUGACAGAACAAGACUCCAUCUCCCCGCCCCCAAAAAAAACUUGUUCAUCACUGCAACAGAUUCCCUCGUGCCUGUGCCCUUUGUUUCAAUCUUCCACUCAUCAAAGGAAACCUCUGAUGGAUCUGCCUUCUGUCAUUACAGAUUAGUUUGGAUAUUCUAAUGUCAUAUUAAUGAAACUACACACUAUGUAGUCAUUUUCUGGCUUUGUUUGCUCAGAAUGAUGUUUUUGAAGAUCAUUCAUGUAGGAACAUAUAUCUAGAGCAUCUAUAUGUAGUUUGUUUCAUUUUAUUGGUGAGUAACAUUCCAUGAUAUGGUUAUACCACCAUUUGUUUAUGCAUUCAUCUGUUGAUAGACAUUUGGGUUGUUUAUUGGUUUGUGGCUUUUAUGAAUAAAGUUGCAAUGAGUAUUCUUU